AUGUUGAGUCGCCUUGUGAUAGUUUUCGUGAUGAUUCAAGAACUUGAGGCUCAAGAAGAUCGUUUUCGCAAUAUCAGUGAAAAGACGAGUGUCGACCCCGAAAAGUUGUUUUUCCUCAUCAAGGACGUGAUGAACUCCACCGAUCUGCUGUUCGUGCUUGACGAGAACACCAAGCAUAACGUCAGGGGAGAACUGAUGUUGAAUCGCUUGCUGAGAGAUUGGCCGAUGCCGUACGGGAUCAUAACUGCCAAUCAGACGCAUUUCACGCACAAAAUUAUCCACGACAUACUGCAUAAUCUCUCAACCUCGGGAGAUCAAUGGUUCGACAUUUUCUUGCCCUGCUGGGUUAAUCGUUGGGAAGACGAUCGAUUAAACCUCUCCAAAGGGUUCGAGAGAUUGUUCACCAGAUCCAAUCACCGCAUGGGGAACGUGCGCUGGAUCUUCCAGGGGUGCCGCCACUUGAUGGCAACGUUACAACAAAAGUGCGGGAUCCUGUACGUGAACCUCAUGCAUCCCGAUCGAAUUUUGGGCGAACCCUUAGACCUGAUCAGCAAAUGUGGAGGUCGAGUCAUCUUCGUAGACGGCCAAAGCGGCGGCGAGACCGCGAUGCGGAAACCGACCGAGCUGCGCAGCAGCAUCUUCCGACAUGAGAUAGAGUUCAAAGCCUUGGAGAACCUGACAGUCCUGUGUGGAUUCAAAGGCUCAAGCAAAGAUUACUGCGCAGACAGCCCUCAAUAUGAAAUUCUCCGAUCGUUGCGAACACGAAUCAACCUCCUCGAGAAGAAGACAUCUCAGAGAAGCUUCGGCUUCUGCCGAGAGAGGAAAACGUGCCAUGGCUUGCUUGGAGAUAUACAGGAGCGCAGGUUUGAUCUGUGCCUCGUGAAUAUCUAUCCAACGGAAGGAGCAUUGGCUGCCCUCCUCUUCCCGAGCUCGUACUAUAGAUACGAUGAGCUUACAUUCUUCGCACCUGUUGCCAUCAAGAUCAUAGGUUCUUUCAAAUCAAUUUGGAUGCCUUUCGAUCGUUUGACUUGGGUCUUAUUUGAGAAUCAUCUCUAUUGGAUGGUCCUUCCCAUAACCGGGAGAACUCCAGAUGUUCCCGCCUGCCUCAGAGAUGUCGGCUCACUCAGACUCCUGCUCGCGGUCUGGUACAUUGCGAGCUUUUUCAUUUCGAUCACCUACGCCGCUGUUCUGACAUCAUUUCGACAGCAUCCACCAACGACAUCCGUUAUCGAGACUCUCGCAUCUCUCGAAAGAGCUUUGCGGUCUCCCACUCCGAAGAUUCGAGUGGCGGUUUUCAAUGACACCAAGUACAACGCCAUUCUGAGACCCGAAGAACCGUCCGAGUUGAUUGAGCUCGUACUGAAGCACGCCACUUUCUGCACGUCGAAGCAAGACUGUAUAAAAUUAGUACUGGCCAGGACCCACGUAUUUCUGUCCACCGACUCUAACGUCAAAGGAGAGGUCGGAACCGAUCCGAAGUCUCGUAUCAUCCACCGAGCUAAGGAAAUUAUCGACAUGGGUCGGUAUACGAUUGUGUUGCAGCCAGGAUCUCCGAUUCAGAGGCAGAUCAAAGACUUCAACACCAUCCUGUUCGAAGCCGGUGUAUUCGAUAAACUGGAAGGCUUCGACAACUACCGAAUUAAGCCGAAUUUCAAUCGGAGCAGGGCAUGGUCUGGCGGUACAGAUUCACCGCUGACGUCUCAAGACAUCUCUGAAUCUGUUCGCGGUCGUCCUCGGAAGAGUUUCAGUGAAUCUAGCGAUCGGGGCCAACGCAGGAAGAUCCUAGAAACAAGAGAGGAUAUCGACCCCGAGCUACUGCGACGAGCAAAACUUAUACCCAGCGUCAAUCCCCUGAAGGCUCUACAACUCUUGCUCGAUCUGAACAUAGCGAAGGAACUAUACAUAGAUCUGAGACUUGAAUUGAGGAGAGAGCUUGGUUUUGAUGCUUUCCCUGCAUACAACAAGGUGUUGACUGAGAAGAAACAAUGCUAUCCGACCAACAUCGAGGCAACAGAGAAGCACGCUUCCGUCCCGCUGAAGGAUCUCCUUGAGCACUCUGUGAAGCGAUUACUAAGCUCGCUACCGGAGCCAGAAUUCAACCUGUUGGAGGAGCACUUGACUUUCUUGUCAAAAUGGGGUUGCGAUGGAUCGUCUGGACACUCGGAGUACAAACAGGCGUCCUUGUGUGAUUCUCUUUCGGACGGUAAUCUAUUUAUCGUUUCUGUGACCUCUCUCCGACUCAGCAAGACUUCUGAGGAAACGGUUAUCUUCUGGAACAAUCCCAAGCCUUCAUCUACGAACUAUUGUCGACCCCUUAGAUUCGAGCUGACGAAGGAGACACCGGAAGUGAUCAGAGCACACGUAGCUCGAGUCGAAGAAGAGAUAUCGGACCUCGAAACAUUCGUGGUAACGGUGAGAGGAUCAACUCUCUCAGUGGACUUCAAAAUGAUCCUAUCAAUGAUCGACGGCAAGAUUAUCCAGAUCAUCAAUGAAGUGCCUUACAUGGCUCAGUGCGUAAUUUGCAAAGCCAAGCCACCUGAAAUGAACUCAUUGGACUCAAUAUAUGCGAAACCGAGUCAUUUGCCGCCUUCGCUUAUACCCCUAUCGCCUUUGCACGCCAGGAUUAAGGUCAUGGAAAACCUCCUUAAAAUAGCCUAUAAUCGGCAAUUCGAGCUAUGGGGUAUACCGACAGCUUUGAGACCUCAGUGUAACGCUAUCAAGGCGGAUAUACGAAGAGCCUUCAAGGCGCGUCUUGGCUUGAUCAUCGACAAAGUGAAACAGGGCUUCGCUAGGAUAUACGUGGACUUGUUCCCGUGGUACCCGAUGAGCAAUUCUCUGCACAAAGUUCUUGUGCACAGCAGCUCAGUCAUCGCGGCAGCCCCUGUGCCUCUGGGUGCACUUAACGAGGAAGCGCAGGAAGGCCUGAACAAG